UGGUCCUUUUCACCCCGUUAGCCAAAAUGUGAGUGCAUACAUGAUGAUAAUGCAAAGCAAUUAAAGCUGACAGAAGCUUUCAGACUUGCCUACAAAGUUACAGAAGUUUUCUCAUAAGAAAUAGUAUUAAAACCUUUUUUUUUCCUGUUGUACUCCUUGUUGCAGCCUAUUUCACGAGAAGAAUGUUUUUAAAACCAUUCUGAUGCCUUUCUUUAACUUUUUCGUAAUCUAAAUUUCUUUGGAAUCCAAAGAACUACUGGAAAUACUGAUCUAUACAUUUAUUCACUUCUAUCUCUGCAGACAAAAUGAGUUCUACAAAAAAUCUGGCCAAGACUGUAAUGAUUUUAUAUGCCAUAUGUUUUUUUACAAACUCUGAUGGAAGACCAAUGAUGAAGAGAUCAGUGAGCGAGAUGCAAUUAAUGCACAAUCUUGGAGAGCAUCGACACACUGUGGAGAGACAGGAUUGGCUUCAGAUGAAACUGCAGGAUGUGCACAGCGCCCUUGAGGAUGCCAGGACCCAGAGGCCUCGGAACAAGGAGGAUAUUGUCCUGGGGGAGAUAAGAAACCGGAGGCUGCUCCCUGAGCAUUUGCAGGCAGCACUGCAGAAGAAAUCCAUCGACCUGGACAGAGCUUACAUGGAUGUACUCUUUAAAACUAAGCCGUAA